CACCUUAAAACUCCUCUCGAGUGAAACUUUUCGCUGCAACUCCGUCGGUCCACCUUAAGCGCACACGCAAACGCAGGAGGCGUACAGUGAGGUUUCCGCUUCUCAGUUGGGCUCGGACCGCGGCUCACGAAAAGCACCGUGUGUAACGUACAAGGUUGACGCACUAAGGUAGAAAAAAGGCAAGAAAAAAGCGAAUCAACCGAGCAAAAAAGAUGUCUGAAUCUAAGUACCGCGAGUGGAUCCUGGACACUAUCGACUCGCUGCGGUCGCGAAAAGCCCGGCCGGACUUGGAGAGGAUUUGCCGAAUGGUCCGGAGACGACACGGGUCCGAGCCCGACCGAACCUGCGCAGAACUGGAGAAACUGAUUCAAGAACAAACCGUGCUGAAAGUUAACUACAAGGGCUCUAUUUCAUACCGAAACGCCGCCAAGGUUCAGCGGAGAAGCAGAAAAAAAGACGAUGUAACGUUAACGACGGCUGCGAGAAGGAGCGCGGUGGAAGAAGCUAGUCAUUCUGACUUGAGCAACGGGGACAGCGCUUUCGGUCCUGUUGACCAGGACGAGGAGGAUUUGGAGGCUGACACAUCUCUGGCAAUGGACACAGACAGUAAUGCAGAUGAGGAGGGGGCUGAUGAGAGCCGGGAUGGACAGGACAGACCCUCUCCUGGCCGCACAUAUAAAGAUGCCGCUGUGCACUGUGCCUCUGUGCGAGCCGUCUCUGCCCCCUGUUCCCCCUCUGGCACUCGCCCUGGCCCCGGCCCUGCCUCCGGUCUGGACUGUGCCUCUUUCCAGAAGGCUGGUGAGAGGCCCAGCUCCUUGCCCCCCUCCAGCCCCAGGGCCCUCACACACAAUGACUGGGCCUAUCAUUCUGCUGUCUGCCCAGCAGAGCGCCAGCACCCAGGAAUGCAGAGAGACAAAGUAGCAGCAGCCAUGAAGCCAGUAAUCCACUCUGCAACUACCAGCCCCUGCGCUUUAAAGAACAACGUGAAGAAAGAAGAUGAAGGCAAGGCGGUGGAUAGUGGCCUUUCGUCUGACCAGUUAGUACCGGACUAUGCAGCAGGGCUGGAUGAGACCAGGAAUGUAUCUGAUGGAAGACCACAGGCACUUUCUUUGCCAUCUGACAACUGUACAUUAAAGAACAAGAUAGAUAUACCCUCCAUCACAGCAGCUGAAGACAGUCUUCUGAAUGGUGGUAAAGGGGAUGAAGUCUUUGUGAAGAAGGAGACGAUGAGCCAGAACUUAAUGCAGUGGACUGUGGCAGAUGUGGCCAGUUAUUUCUCAGCUGCAGGCUUUCCAGAUCAGGCUGUGGCGUUUCGAACACAGGAGAUUGAUGGAAAGUCCCUUCUCCUAAUGCAGCGCAGUGACGUGUUGACUGGUUUGUCUAUCAGACUCGGCCCUGCACUCAAAAUCUACGAGCGCCAUGUAAAGGUGCUGCAGAGGACCCACUUCUUGGAAUACGAAGAUCUCUGAAGUGGUGAUUCCCAUGACAGACAGACAAUUCUGCAUUGACCCAAACGUGAAUGCAGUGCCCUCUCCCAUCUAGAUCCUGCCACCCACCUUCAUAUACACAAUAUGUAGAGGGUGAGUGGGGGAAAAGGCUGCGGUGGAAUUAACUUUCACUGUGAGAAUGACCAGAAACCGAAAGACAGUCAUCCUACCUCUCAUUAUGGUCUUUGGUUUUCAAAUUGUUUUCAUUUUACCCAUGUGACUGUUCGAUUGCAUUGUCAAGGAAAUAGACUGGUACGUUCAGUCUGUUUGAAAGUGGAGUUGCAAUGACCUUUCUGCAAGAGUAAAAGAUGGAUAAGCAGCCAUUGAAGGGGACUGAGCCUUGCACCAAGUGGACCACCCAUGGGCUAAUGUACCCACAGAGACAUGCUGCACUGCAUAGUGCUGCGAGCAAAGCGUUGUCACAGUUUUGGGUCCACAAGAGAAUGUUGGUUUGGCAGUGGCUCUGAAAUUUCAACCUGCAUCCUCGCUCGAUCUGUUAUGGUACCUUUUGUUACUCCAGAACGUCUUUGUAAGUCACACAGAUAAACAUAAAGCACAUCUGUUGUGAGUUUUCCUUUUGAUUCCGUUAAAUGAAAUGUCAUCAAAGUGCUGGGGAAGUCAGAUGCCUAACCCAUCAUGCCACCAAUAGCUGCUGAUGUUGGAUUAUGUCUUCAGUGUCUCUGUAACACAGAGAUAUAACCAAUAUGAUAUACUACUACCUGCUGGUAAGGCAAUAUGUUGUGUGUGUGUUUUUCUUUUUCUAUCUUAAUUAGAUCUGACUGUGGUCCAAUUUAAUACAGUUGCAUUUUGGGGAACAAUUGCAGAUAGAUGUAACCAGGAAAUGUGCAAACCAAUGUUUUUUUUUUUUUCAUACAUAAGCAAAAUAAAGUAAUAAACUAGGAAAUGUUAUUGAAAUACUGACUAUUGUUUUAAAUUUAAUACGUCUGUCAGUGCCUGUUUACAGAGCAGAUAUCGUGAUAUCAAAUGCAAUAUUUUAUGUUAUUAUCAUCCAUUUAUAAUUUGUCCAGUGUCUCUGUGUUUUAAUGUAAGCCAGCCUUUUGAAUUGUAACAUUCCAUAUGAUGUAGUCUACAUCUCUAAUGUAUCUCCUCCCCUUUUUAUCUGUAACAUUGACACUUCUUCCAGAGUCACAAAUAAAGCUUGUGUCCAUCUCUUCAGUUA